UUAUACAUCUUAGCCAUGCCACUUACUCUGACCUCAACUUUUAUUUAAUUGGUGUACCAGUACACAGCCUGCAAGCAAUAUUUACCUGAGAGGUUUUCCAGAGGGCAAGAAAUACUCCAUCGACCUCCACCUUUUUUUGACUCAUGUUAUUAGUGUUGUCAGACAAACGACAAAACGUGGACGGUGUGCUUUACAAUCUUUGCCCGAUGUUUAAUUUUAUUGUGAUGACAGUUAGUUGGCGUUAAUUAAUACAAAUAGCACAGUUAAACAUAUAUAUAUACAUAUAGCUUCAAAAUGACAGAACAGUCCUCGUUGCUACUACGUAAACAGUUAGCAGAGCUCAACAAAAACCCAGUGGAAGGCUUUUCUGCGGGUCUUGUAGACGAUGAUGACAUCUAUCAGUGGGAAGUGGUCGUCAUCGGGCCUCAAGACACAUUAUUUGAAGGAGGUUUCUUCAAAGCCACCUUAUCCUUCCCACGUGACUAUCCUUUGAGGCCUCCCAAGUUGAAGUUCAUCACAGAAAUCUGGCAUCCAAAUGUGGCAAAAAAUGGCGAUGUCUGCAUCUCCAUUCUACAUGAACCUGGUGAGGACAAGUAUGGCUAUGAGAAGCCUGAGGAGCGCUGGCUGCCCAUCCAUACAGUAGAGACCAUCAUGAUCAGUGUUAUCUCCAUGUUGGCAGACCCCAAUGGAGACUCUCCUGCCAACGUGGAUGCAGCUAAAGAGUGGCGAGAGGAUCCUGCUGGAGUUUUUAAGAAAAAGGUGGCACGCUGUGUGCGGAGGAGUCAAGAAAUGGCUUUUGACUAAGGCUUCCCUCCAGUCAUCAACACAGUUGGCACUGCACAGGCAACUUGACAACUUACACUUAAGUUGGCUAGAUGAACAUGGGGCACUACCUUUAUCAACAUCAACCAGCCACCCAAAGAAGAAAACAAUUAUAAACCCAUAUUGCUCUACUUAUUUGUAUCUUGCAGUUUGAGAGAUGUUUAUAUUUAUGAAUAUUGUUGAAUGGCUGUAGCAUUCGUGCUGCCAAAACUUCUAUUUUACUUUACUUUAAAUAGUUGACACCAUUUCUGGUGAAGCAUCAGUAUUUCACUCACGGGAAGAUUAAUUACAGAGCCUACUUCUUUCUGUUAUGUACAUACUCUUCAGAUUUUAGGAGAAAUUAAUCCAUACAAUAAAUACCCCAUUUUCUAAAGUUAGUUUACAUUAUUUUUAGCUAUUUAUUUAGAGUGAGAUUAUUAUUGCAUAUCAUCUGUUAUGGAGGUUUUUCUUUUUCUUUUCAACCUGCAUCACUGAGCCAUCCAGUCUACAGUUAUUUCAUCAAUUAUGCAAUUUUGGAGUAUUUAGUCAAUAAAGAGAUAGAAAUACAGACACUGGUGUUUCUUUCCCUGCACACUGCAAGUGUUCUGCAGAGAAAGUGUUCCUUCUUUCCCUAAGGGGGGAAACUUCAUCACCCAGUGCUGCCUUAACUCUAACUGCCAGCCGAGGGAAACUUUUUUAAAAUAAGGACUGUCUGCAUCUGAGGGCUUGUUUUGACACGAAAAAAAAAAAAACUUGUGGACAAACCAAAGACAACACACAGAUAAAUCUAUUUUUAAUGAACAUCCUACAUUUUUUUUAACCUGUGUAAAUAUAAAUUAUGUGUCCUUGCUUGGGAAAACCCACAUGUUGCACAUGUGCAGAUGAAAUGCAUUUACCUUACCUAUGGGGGAGGAAGUGUGUUGAUAUUGUACUGUAGCGCUUCAAAUAGAUCUGCUUCAAAGACAUUUUGACAUGUCACAGUAGGAAAAGCACAAGGUGUAAAUAAUAAAAUGAAGGUUGGCUGAAUUAAUAACGUAUUUUUCCUACUAUAAGUCAAAAUGUCUGCUGUGAGAAAACCCUGUACCUCCCACAAAAUGAUAUGAUUACGUGAUUUGAUAGAGCUCAAUUAUAGCAAUUUUAUGCUUAGUAAGGACGUUUGAUUAAUGAUAGGUAUGCCAUUACACCCACUUUUUAAAUGAAUGAUACGUUGAAAAGCAGUAAUAAACUUUGUGGACAUUGA